AUGUUGCAUAAACAUAUGAAUCUUGUAACAUGUUUUAUUAUAUACUACACUUUUACCUCAAACUUCAACUAUAUCAUACAUUCACAGCUAUUAGUUGGUGCUGACAACAACACUAGUUAUGUUCCCUCAGAAAACAUUGUUCUCAAUUGUGGUUCUAACACAUCACAACUUGUUCAAUAUGAUGGUAGAUUCUGGAUUGGAGACAUUCAUUCACCAUAUUUACCUUCCAAUGAUUUCAUCAACAAUUCCUUAAUAGCAACAUCUCCUUCAAAUCAUCAAUCUAUCCCUCAAGUUCCUUAUAUGACUGCUAGAAUUUUUCUCUCACAGUUCACUUAUAGAUUCAAUCUAACUUCGGGUCCAAAAUUCAUACGUCUUUAUUUCUACCCUUUUUCUUAUUUGGAUUUUAACAUCUCCAAAGCUUUUUUAUCAGUAACUGCUGCUAAUUUCACUCUCCUGCAUAAUUUCAGUGUUUCUCUCAAUGCAGAUUACUUUAACUUAGCAUAUUUGAUGAAAGAAUUUGUUGUGCAUGUAGAAGGGAACAGUUUGGAACUUACUUUCGCUCCAUCAUCAAAUGCUUCUGAUGCAUAUGCAUUUGUGAAUGGUAUUGAAAUUGUUUCAAUGCCAAAUGGUUUAUACAUUAAUGGUGAUGAUUCCCCUCUUCCUUUAGUUGGUCAUGAUCCAAGUGUUGUUUACAUUUACAAUGAUACAGCUAUGGAAAAUUUGUAUAGAUUGAAUGUAGGAGGCGAGCAAAUUUUACCGAUAUAUGAUACUGGUAUGUUCAGAAAUUGGGAUAUCGAUGACAGUUACAUAUUUGGAGCUGAAUAUGGUAUUAAACACUUUGGUGAGAACAUGAAAGUUUUGUAUAAGGAUGUUCCAUCAUAUACUGCUCCUAGUGAUGUCUACCGCACAUCACGUUCGAUGACUCCGUUUGGAAAAGGACUUGUCAAUUUGAAUUACAAUAAAACAUGGUUUUUUUCAGUUGAUUCUGGAUUCAGAUAUCUAGUCAGGCUUCAUUUCUGUGAAAAUGAUUACAUUAUAACAAAGAUCAACGAGGUGGUUUUUUCUGUGUUUUUAAAUAAUCAAACAGCUGAAGAACAGGUUGAUCCAGUUGGUAUAAGUGGAGGACCUGGAAUUCCAGUUUACAAAGACUAUGUUGUGAUGGUUCCUAAAGACAGUGAUGCAAAGCAAGAUCUUUGGCUAGAUCUUCACCCUGACAAGUAUUCAAAACCUGAGUACUACAAUGCUUACUUGAAUGGUGUUGAGAUCUUUAAACUUAGCUAUGUUGAUGCGAAGAGUCUUGCAGGUCUUAACCCUUCCGAAAAGAAAUUUGGUUCAUCUACAAUGGUUACACCGCAUGAUGUUAAAAACUCAAAGAAACAUACAUUCGUUUUCAUUGGAUGUGGACUUAUUGCAGUGGUAAUACCAAUUCUUUUGUGCCUAGUUCUAUUGAAGUUUAAGGUGAUCAAGGCUAGAAGGUUCAUGUCAAGUUGUGUAGUUCAACCUAAUCACAAUGUAAAAGCAAAAAAGCCAGCAUCACUUUGCUGUCAAUUUUCAUUAGAAGAGAUUAAAAUAGCAACAAAUGACUUCAAUGAGGCUCUACUUAUAGGAAGAGGUGGGUUUGGAAGUGUUUACAAAGGUAGCUUUGAUGGUAGUGCAUCUUUUGUAGCUAUAAAGCGCGCUGAUCCAAUGUCACAACAAGGUGUUGUAGAAUUUGAGACAGAGAUUCAUUUGCUAUCAUUUGUAAGCCAUAACAGCAUAGUCUCGCUUUUGGGAUAUUGCAAUGAAGAUGAUGAGAUGAUACUUGUGUAUGACUUCAUGCCCAAUGGAACUCUUUAUGACCAUCUUCAUUCAAAACAAAGAGAUCAACAACAUCAACCUCAUCUGUCAUGGAUUCAAAGGCUUGAGAUAUGCAUUGGAGUUGCAAGAGGCUUGCAUUACUUACACACCGGCACAAAGCAAAAGAUCAUUCACCGCGAUAUAAAGACCACAAACAUACUCUUAGACCAUAAUUGGGUGGCCAAAAUUUCAGAUUUUGGUUUGUCAAAGGAAAGUUACACUUCCUUAAGCGCCACUGCCGUAAAGGGUAGCACCGGUUACGUUGAUCCGGAAUACUAUCAAUGCGGAAUGCUGACUGAAAAAUCUGAUUUAUACUCACUUGGUGUGGUUUUGUUGGAGGUGUUAAGUUCAAGACAAGCUUUAAGUCCAUGUGAAGAAGAAGAUGAUGAUGAUGAUGAUGAGCAUUUAAACUUGGCUGAAUGGGCUAAGUUUUGUUAUGAGAAUGGAAAUGUGGAAGAAAUAGUGGAUCCAAAUUUGGAAGGAAAGAUAGUUAAGGAGUGUUUAGAGUUAUAUUUAGGUGUUGCUAUGGAAUGUUUGGCUGAAAGAGGAGCGGAGCGGCCAACCAGUGGUAAUGUGCUGCAGAAUCUUUUAAUGGCAAUGAAAUUUCAGAAAAAUGGUGGGAAUGUACAAAAUGUUACGCAGGAGUAUUCAGACUUGACACCUGGGAUUGAGUUCUCUGAUAUUGUGAUGCCUGUUGGUAGGUGA